AUGAGCACCCAAGUGUACCACGAUCCUUCGUAUAUGAUGGAAGUCUGGGGCAUUUUCGGCGGCUGCUUCUUCAUACUCGCUAUUCGACAUUUUGUACGUUUGCGAACGGCUGGACUCAAAGCGUACCAUGGGGACGACUACAUAUCCAUUCUAGUAAUCGCCUUUCUCACGAGCGGCUGUGUCUGCAUAACAGUCGUGUACCACAAAGGAUCGAAUGUGGACUACAUUGGAAAGUCUUUGGAUCAAUUCAGCAAUGCACAGAUACAAGACAUUGUCUAUGCCUCCAAACUGCAGAAGUUGUGUUGGUACACAUACAUUAGCUCCAUGUAAGCAGAUCAUGUUCUCUAGAGGCCGGAAUACUGAUUCUCUACCAGCUGGGCAUUGAAAGCCUGUCUGCUGUUCUUCUACAAUCGCCUCACAUUUGGUCGAACCCAGCGAAUGCUCGUCAGAGUUCUAGCCGUGGUAUGUGCGGUUACGUACGUAGCCAUGGUUUUAACAGUGUCACUGUCAUGUCGACCGUUCCACCUCAAUUGGCAGGUGGUACCAUUGCCGCCAGAACACUGCACUGUGCGAAGACAGGACUUGUGAGCGCUCUCGACCCAAAUAUGUGGAGCCCAUCGAGCUGACACGUCUGCUUAGUAUAGUCUGCACCACACUCAAUACGGUCACCGAUGCACUCAUUCUCAGCAUUCCGGUCCCCCUCCUGUUCAAGCUGAGAGUACCCCUAUACAAGAAGAUCCCGCUAGGCGUUCUUCUCUGCUCGGGCAUUUUUGUCAUCGCAGCGGCCGUUGCUCGAGGCUGUAUAACAGUCCUCUCCCAUCCUUCGGCUCUGACUGUCAACCGCUGGGGGGCAAGAGAGACCAUCGCCGCAAUUACAGCUGUCAAUGCGCCCACUCUCAAACCACGUGGGUAGACCGUUCCCGAUGAUGCUCUAGGCUUGGCUGACCGAGAUCAGUCUUCACCAAGUCGUUCUGGGUCCAUAGCAGUCGCUGUAGCACUUCCGGCCCCUCCACUGCCGAUCCAAAUUCCGAUUCAAACACGCGAGGCAACUCCGACUCAUACGGAACCUCCCGCACCGGGCACUCGAGCAAGCUGAGCAAACUCAGCAAGAUCAGCGGCGUCUUCCCCCGAUCGAGCAUCAUCGGACUCGUCAAUCUGUCGACCAACAAGACCGCCGUCACAACGGUGACGAAAGCAGAAAGCGAAGCACUGGGCAGGCAGAACGAAAUGACACAUUCCUAUGCGAACGAGGGUCAGAAUCUCAUCAUCCGGCGGCCGGAACCUGCCCGACGAAGAGAGACGAUUCUGUGCUUGGACUUCGACUUGGAAAGAGGUCCACAUCCGGGGAUCCGAAGGGAUGCGGAGCUGGGCGUAGUCUCGCGAGCAUCAUCGGAAGAGCAGCAGCGAAAGCUCGAGCGAGCCGAGACAAUGCCGGAUUCGAACAAGUAUACACCCUACUGUAAAUCGCACGCGGCGCCGCCAUCAGCAGAUGAAGGACAGGCUGCUGGGAGGAUUGCGAGGAUACGCAGCAAUACGGUGGGUUGA